AUGAGGAGCGGCGGCAGGUAGGGCCGGGGAGGAGCUGAGUGGGGCGGCGGGACUGGCUGUCGCCUCGUCGUGGAGGGAGUUUGGGGCGGGGGAGAGGCCGGUGUGGGGAUCCUCCGCGGAGGGCUCCACGCCUGCGGUCUGUUCCACAGAGCUACCCGCGGAGAAUGGCCGGCAGAGGCUCCGGCUGCGGCCUGCAGCCGCCGGCCGUAGCGCAGCCAACCGUCGGCGUUCACCUGUACCCCUUCGUGAGGGAGGCGGGCGCGGAGAACGAGGGGCCAGAGGAGGAGGGAGAAGUAUCGGAGCUGCGGCCGCGGGGCAGGGAGAAGGUGCGGAGGAGCGCAUCGAGGGACAGGCUGGACGAUAUCGUCCUGCUAACUAAGGAUAUCCAGGAAGGGGACACUCUGAACGCCAUCGCACUUCAGUAUUGCUGCUCGGUUGCAGAUAUCAAGAGAGUUAACAAUCUUAUCAACGAUCAAGACUUCUUUGCCCUGAGGUCCAUCAAAAUUCCUGUGAAGAAGUUCAGUGUGUUGACUGAAACACAUGUCUCUCCAAAAGGAAGACCUGUCCUUCGGCCUGCUUACUGCUCCCCAGAAUUGCAAGAGGUGUCACCUUCUGAUAAGUUCUCUGCUAAUGAGACUGCUGGAAGCUUCUUAAAAGAAGUUGAUCGAGAUAUAGAAGAAAUAGUGAAAUGCAAUGAUACAAAGAGAGAGAAUCUUAAUGAAGUAGUUUCUGCCUUAGCAGCCCAACAGGUCUGUUUUGAAACGGACAGUAAAACUCAAAAAUGCAAGGAUCCUUACUACGGAGCAGACUGGGGCAUCGGAUGGUGGACAGCCGUGGUGAUUAUGUUGAUUAUUGGCAUCGUAACCCCAGUUUUUUACCUCCUCUAUUACGAAGUUCUGGUGAAAGCAGAUGUCAGUCACCACUCAACAAUGGAAUCUUCCCAUUUGUUUGUCACAGCAGCAUCACAUCAGAAGGAAAUGGAAAAUGGAAUAAAUCCGGCCAAUGUUGUAAAUGUUGAUAAUCAAGGAGACCUUCAGCCUUAACAACAGAAAACCCCAAGCAGCUGUAAUCCAUAGACACAUAAUGCUUCAUUGGAUAAAGGGGAAACCACAGAAUGCAGGAGGCAUCUGGAACACAGAGAAAGGCAUCCUGAUGUGUGACUUGCCUUCAUGGGCAGCGUUCCAGUACCACGAUGUUUAUGUACAUCCUGUAGCCUCCAGCAGUGCCUGAGUUGAGUGAUUUUAAUGCAAGAUUGAGAUAUAAAUUAAGGUACACAAUUGUCUCUGAAGCUUUGCACUUUUUUCCUAUUUUGAUAGGCAUAAUUUUUUUUAAUUGAGGUGAAACAAUGUAGUCUGAACUAACACAUGUAUGUUUUACAGCCCUGAGGUGGGCAUUUGGGGAUAUCUGACUUUUAAACAUCUUAAAGUAUUUAUAGAGUGUGUACUACACUUGCCAUUUCAAUAUCAGGUUUACAUUUGUCAGUUAAAACUCCAUUCUCAUCAUUUUGUCUUUCUUGUAGAGUAAGAUUUAAAAAAAAACCCAAACAAUCAUUCCACAAUUAAUAGCCACUAUUAAGUUCUUUCAAAAAUAAAAACAGCAAACCACAAGACUUUUAUGGAGGGAGGCAAUAGCUAAUAAAUAAUCUGGAAUCUUCAAAUCUUGUGCCUGUGGUCAGCCCAUUCUUUAGUACUGUUCAGAACAGGCAGUGGGAUGAUACUCUGUGUGUGUGUGUGACACUGUGCCUCAAUACAGCCCAGCUGAGACAGCUUUGCUGAAAUGUGACAUCCUUCCCUGGUAUCCUACUGAAAACUGACUGUAUUGGGCUGCACUCAUCUGGUGGACGGAAAUGCAGGUGUGUGGCACCUUUCUAACUACUGCAGUAAUCUCUACUUUAUGCUAAUGGCUUCUUUCCUCUCCCCAGCCCUCCAGUUAAUCUCAGUUCAGGACCAACUGGUUCUUCAGACAACAGUGAUAUGGG